GAUUCCAGGCCACAUAUGUUAUCCAGUGUACGUUUUAACUGCUACACAGACGUGAUGUGUCUGCACUUCAGUUCUUUUUUGUGGAUUGAAUAUGGAUUAAGGAACAAGCCGUGUAUAGACAUCGUAAUAUGAUGAUAACGUUUUAAGUAAACAGUUGGCUGACCUUCGUAAAGCAAACCUGUUCGCUAUAUGAUGACCAUAUCACUGGAAUUAUAGAAACGAAACAGUUCAUGUAUCGAUGAAUGUAAAAAUUAACACUGAAAUUAAUGAUUGCUAUUGAUAUUUGCUUCUAUCGAGUCGUCAACGGUAAUAAGAGGUGCGUAGUCCAUUAUUAAUUUGCGCAUUGAACGCGUCAAGGAAACGUAAAUGCUGAUAAACAUGAUCUAAUUGCUCAUGUUCGUCCAUAUCUAUAACUAUGUGACAAAUUGUUAAUUGGGCUAUUCACAACAUACACAGCAAAAAUUGAUAAACAACAAUCUAAUAUUAAUGCUUACCUUAAAUUAGAAGAAAAGUCAAAUUUUAUAGUCUCAAAUUAUCCUUAUUACCGUACAAGUCAAACUUGUCAUAGUGGAAUGUAUGGGAUUGAACCUUCAUCAUGAAUUUACACAAGUAGACAACGAGAAAUUAGGUCAGUCUAGUAGCUCUAAAGCAAUUGAGUACAUGAAACGCGCAAUACAAGAUUAUUCCUUUGGCCUUUGUUAAAAUGGACCUACCAAAAACCGAGAAUUAUUUAGUCUGAUUAUAUUAAAGAAGUUGACUUCAGUUUUUUGAACAGUUUUUUUUUUUUUUUUUUUUGUGAUAUAUAAGCCUUCACGUACAAGUCUUCUUUUAAUAUAAAAGUUAUCCCUAUCGUGAAUAAAAUAUAGGGGCCAUGUAUUGUUCCAGUGGUCUAGAUCAUCUAUAUGGAAAUCUUUUUGCCCGAGGUGUUCGGAUUAAAUGGCAAAACCGAAUAUAGCAACCAUGUAGGUUUGUCAACUGUAGCAUCCCGAGUCGAGUUUAUACGAUCACUUUAUCUUGACCCGUUUAGCAUGGUAUGGCACAUUGAAAACAUCUGGGUGGGAACUGAAAUGCACUAUAUUUUUCCGUAUGGACAGAAAUUGCUAUUGAUUAGGAUAUGUACGUAAAUUCCUUGCUUUGGAUCAAAUGGUUUAUUGUUAUCUGUUUUAUGGGCGGUACGGGAAAUGUUAUUUAGAGCAUUGUGCUUUCUUUGCUUUAUUUAGAGUAUUCUAUUGUAGAUAACAAUAAGGAUUAGUAGAUCAACGCAUGAAAAAAAACACGAACAUUGUGAGGACAUAGAGCAGUCAAAGAUUCCUUACGUAACUUGGCUGCCAUAUAAACUAGUGCUCAAGGUGGUAAUUUGAGGAUAAUUUAUUCUAUUUCAACUAUUGGUAUGUUAAGAUUUAUUGCACGAGCUCAUCAUGUAUUCACUGUAGAAAUGAAUAUUGAUACUCGAACUCGUUCUACAUCGAUAACAACAAUGAUUGCAAUUCCUACGAGGAUUGAAUUUGUUCAUAAUUGACUGCUAUUCACGCUUCAGUAGUAAAAUAAGAUUAUGCCCAAAAUUUAGGAAGGACUACUAAAGUAAUCUUAGCUAAUUAUUCAAUUGAUAUUAUUUUACAUGACAGUUGUUAUGUUGUUGCUCAUAAUAUUUACGUUUUAAAAAUAGGAGCCGUAUUUGCUAUAAUGCUUGGUGUUGUUUAUCGACUUUUUUAAAAUUUUUUUUGGAUUGAGUGUAAAGUUUUUAAAGAUUCACUCUCAGUAAUAUUUGUAUGGCUAAAUAUAACUUCUUUCAGCAUAUUUUUAGAAUCAAGAGGUAUAUUUAAGGGUUAUUCAGAUUAUCCUGAUUUUCAAUGAGUACCUCGCUAAGCUCAAGUGUUCAUGGGCUCGUUCUGCUGCGUGGGCCGCUAACAACACCGUUCUGCUGGAAGUCUACGUUAGAAAUUUUCAAUAGUUUUCAGUUUUUACUCGUAUUUUUUUCAAAUUUGACAGUGUUAUUUAUGUUACAGAUUGUACUUCCGAACAUAAUUAGAAAAUGUAACAUAGCCACUGUGUCGAGCCCUGGUAUGACGUGGGUGACUUUUUGAAAAAAGCCGUAAAAGAUACUGUCAAGACCAGAUUUUUAACCCGAAUUCGAGAAUAAGAUGUUUGUACAAGAAACGAUGAUAUAUAUAUUGAUUUCUAGUUUAUUGAAUAACAUAUGUGCGGAAAAUAGAGAUAACUACCAAAUUGAAAUCAACAUGACAGAUAUCUUAAUCUCAUAAUAAGCGUUAUAGUCGAUGAAGAAUAACUUUAUUGCGCACAAGCAACAAAAAAUGAUUAAGAGGAACCUAAUGUAUGAAUACUUGUGUUCAGGGUACGAGUUUUUUUGAUAAACAGAAUGGAAAGGUAAUGCGCUAGGUAAACGUCGAAUACUUCGGCAUUGUUAUGGAUCACAAUAUUGAACACGUAAUCAUGUAACUGCGUAGAAUAGAACUUGCCAAAACAAUGAUCAUUUCAAGUAAACAGUUGACAGCAGCGGUUCCUGUAGCAAUUAUAAGAGUCUAGUGAUAUGUAUUGAAGUAUAGUAUAAAUGAACGUGUCGGAAAAAUCCUGUCAUUAAGACUGGAAAGCUUUAAUAUUUGCUAUUGUAAGAGAGACCCUUGUCGGCUGCUCGGAGAGCCGAGAACGUAUUUCAUGAAAGUCGCAGAAUUUUGAAACCUGCAUUGCUCAUUACACAGAGUUGUUUACCGUAAUCAUGAGAGAUGUUUUUAAUGUGUGAAAAAUAUUUGAGCAAUAAGUGAAAAACGCUACUUUAAGAGUAUAAAUCGAAAGUCAUACUGCUGAUAAACACCGCCCGUCGACUGGGUUGACACGAUGCUUGCCUGCAGAUCUGUGGCACUUUUCAGCUCUUCUAGGUUGAGGCUUUCUAAACUAAUCUAUGGAACUAAGCUGCCUAUUUAGCCUUAGUUCGAUUAUGUCCGUACAGAACUAGAGUAAAAUUUGAUCGAUAAACUUUUAGUAGAAUUAAAAAUUUGCAACGCGGUCUGGUAUAAUGUAUUCUUGGGAAGAGACGAUACGCAUGCAUUUGGAAGGCGCGCUCGUCCUCACCGUCUAUCUUUGUUGACGCGAUGUUCCAAUUCUGUAAUCUAUGCUUAGACAUAUUUAGAUGCAUCGUGGAUAUGAAGUACUUUUCUUCUGGGUGACAUCGUACUUACUGCUGUAACAAGGAAAUAUCAAAUAUCGAUAUUUAGUGUGAAAAUGUGGAGAAUGGAUCAACUAGCUUUAGCUUGUCGUUUGUAUGUAGAAAUAUAUCGUAAACUAUGUAAGUUACCCACGUACCUGUGUAAUUUUUACCGCUCAAAUAAAAUCUCGGUUUUUUGGCUAUGUUGAAACCUAGAAUCAAAGUUGAAAUUAUUGGAAAGGUAUUAAUUAUUAUAGAUUUGAGCUACAAGGUUUUACGUAAAACAUGUGUGAGUGCUUUAUAGCGAUCAAAUUGAUUAUAAUAGCCUUGUUCUUCUGUCUGUCCCCCCAGAGUGUAGAAGGUCCGUUUCGUCUUCUUGGGAGUUCUACCGGCUAGUUACAGAACGCCCAAUCAUCUUAUCAAAAUCACUAAAUUCUCUAUUCACAGUUAGCCAUUGAAUGCUCUCGGAGAAGUCAUCAGUGGGUCUGGUAGAAUUGCUGUUUAAUGCCAGCGAUUCUAAGAGCAUAAGACCAAUGAAAACAUUUUCUCAAAGUUAUCCGAGACUAUAGGUGCGUUUCCAGAAAGCAAGAUGGAAUCUGAAGGACGUACCUCCACUGAUACAUAUGGCCGAUUGACGUCCAAUCAGCAGCAGGACAAUAUGACUUCUCCUGUGGAAGUCCAGAAUGACUCAGUAAAUCAAAUGCGGAACGACGAGGCACUGGCAUAUACCGAUCACGACGAGAGGGCACCCCUUCCUGUUAACGGUUCGAUGCAAUCUAUUCCGCAGAAUGUACUGGAGCGCUAUUUUGAAAUAACAGAAAUCUUUGAAAUGGGAAGAAUGGCAAGUAUGUUCUACAAUACAUGGGGUCUGCGCCUGUUUUACAUUUGUAUUACACUUUAUCUCUACGGUGAUUUGGCCAUUUAUAGUACGGCGGUUGCUAAGUCACUUCGAGAUCUCGCAUGCCAACGAAUAAAAGAUAACAACAGCAUAUCUGAUAUGUGCUGGCCCGACUACAACAUCUCUCAAGCUAAUAUGUACUUAAUUUCUCUGGCUAUUUUUAUAUUUGCCGUAGGACCCUUUACUUUCUAUAAUGUACAAAGAACAAAGUAUUUGCAAAUCAGUAUUACCAUUCUCCGCUGGAAAGCUUUCGGUAUUAUGAUCGUCUUGUGUAUGAUCGCUAUUAUUAACGGCCAUGCAAAAGGUCAUCCGAAGGUGGGAGACAUCUCAGAAGUGCCGGCACUGUUUGGAACAUGCGUGUACUCGUUCAUGUGCCACCAUUCGUUACCUUCCCUAAUCACUCCGCUUCAGCCAAAAAAGGGAGUGUCUAUACUAAUACUGUGCGACUUCAUACUCGUUCAAGUUUUCUAUAAUCUUCUGUCGAUGACGGGUGUUUUCACGUUCGAGGUGGUGAAGGAUUUGUACACAUUGAAUUUCGAGCCAAGCAUGACACCUUCCGUUGUCCCCGAAAUACCAUAUUUGCAAUAUUUUCUUCUCGUGUUUCCCAUACUUAUGGUCACCUCAAAUUUCCCGAUUAUCGCUAUCACAUUGACAAAUAACCUGCGAGCGCUCAUUGUUAAUCAGGAUUCCCCGUGGUGGUUUGCAAAGGCGGUCGUUCCGAUAAUGGCGUUGAUUCCACCCUGUUUGAUAGCACUGUUAGUGCAAGAUGUGGAUCUACUCGUUAGCGUUACUGGUGCAUAUGCUGGUGCCGGGAUCCAGUACGUCAUUCCGGCAUCACUUGUUUAUCUUGCAAGACGUGAGAUUAAUGCUCGGCUCGGUCCCGGCGUUAAGAACACCUUUGCAAGUCCGUUCCAGUGUCCUUAUUGGAUUCACUUUGUCAUAACGUGGGCCUGUAUCUCUAUACUGCUUGUCACUUGGAAUAUCAUAAAGAAGUUGAUGUAACAGGACGUUUUUCAACCAUCUUUUAGCAAAGGCCUUAAUUUAAGGGCAGCGUACCAAUGAAGGCUGUCCUAAAGCUAUAGCCGAAUCACUGAAGUACAUUUUGCAGAGCAACCAGCAAGUUUACUGCUAUAUUCUUUCAGUAAACAACGUAAUUUACAUGAAGGAAAGCGAUACGAAGUCUAGAAAUACUAAGUAUAGUUAUCAAAUGACUGAAGACAAUGCCAUGUGAAUUUAAACGGUGCAGAACGUUUAUGUGGAUCGUAAAUAUGCAUGCACUAAUACAUAGUCUACAUUCUAUUUUUGUAGAAAAUAUUAUUUGCUACAUAAAUGUAAGUAUAGUUAGAAUUCAAUAACACUUACAGGAGAUUUAUUAUUGCUACGCGUUGUGUUGCCAUAGUUCAAUAGAAAGAAAGUGUAACGAAGCGACAUUCGACACAAAUCAGCGAAGGUUUGUUGGAAAAAGGUACACAUACAAGAAAAGUGAUCGCAAAAAGGUGCUUGUUUGGCGUGCCUGAUAUACAUGUCGGAUUAGGUAUGUCACCUGAACAGCAACUCGGAGUCAGUGGACUGAUACUAGCUGUAUAUAAGAUGCGGCCAGCGACACCAUUUUGUCCGUCAUGUAAUCGUUUAAUUCAUAGACCUUUACUAUGUUAUUCUGAAUAAUAAGGAGUUUGACGAAGAAAAGGUA